AUGUGCACCAAGGAGAUGCCAGACACGGAGGUGGCCCGGCUGGUGAACCACAUCUCGAACUGCAAACUCUCGGAGGCGGAGUGGCAGUUCGGCAAGCGGCCAUACUCCCGCGCAGACCCGCCGCCUGCGAUCCUCAGAUCCCAGCCGGCAGCCGACGCCCUGGAACAGGGUCAUGAGUACCUCCUGGACCGGUCAGUGAGUGAGGCGGACGACCCCGACUUGGGGGCGGCCGCCAUGGAGGAGGACGACGCCACAGGUGGUGGCGUCGGAGCAGGAGGCUCCGGAAGAGGCGGCGUCGAGGACUGGUCGGAUGACGACGAGGAGGAGGCCGAGCCGCGCAGCCCGCCAGUCGCCGACAAGGCGGGCGCGCGCUCUUCAGCCGCGCCGACCGCACCAGGCGGCGCACCAAAGCGCCGAGCCGACACGCUGAUGUUCGGCAGCCGGCCUAAGAAGCCCAAGAGCUCGACCGCCACGACCAAGCGGCUGGAGGCCGCCGCGUGGGCGGCCCAGGCCCCGCUCUCUCUUGAGCGGUCGGUCUCUCCUUCCGUGAUUGGGGUGGCGGAGGGCCCCGCCAACACCCGCUGCAUGGACCCGCGCACCGAGAUCCAGGCGGCGACGGAGCAGAACAUGCGGGAAGCGCACGAGGAAAAGGAGGAGGCGGAGCGGCAGAAGGCGGCCGCGACCAAGGCGGCGCAGGAUGAGGCCGACGCGGCCACCAAGGCUCAGGACGACGCCAUGGCCAAGGAGCGGGCAGACGCGGCCGCCAAGGUGCAGGAGGCGAAGGUGGCCCGUAGUCGGGCUCCACUACUCGUCGUCCCUUUGCGCGUCGUGCCACAGUUAUUUCACUGUAUAUACAUCCUGUCUUCGCAGUAA